AUGCAAUCUUUGUUUUGCGCAGGCAGAAGAGUAGACAGCCUGGGCUGUGUGUGUGUGUGUGUGUGUGUGUGUGAGAGAUACGCUGCACUGUGCACGUGCGCUAUGAGCUGGUUAAUGUUUAGGACUUUCUGCACUGAAAGUCGGAGUGUUUUAUCCAAACGCAGAAAUCUUCUACUGUCCGCAGCUAAAAUGACCACAGACUCACACUGGCUCAGUGCAACAGAAAGAGAGCAUGCGCUGAUGGAGUUGAAGGCAACGGGGUGGGUGGAGCUGGAGGAGCGAGAUGCGCUGUAUAAAGAGCUGCACUUCAAAACCUUUAAUCAGGCGUUUGGAUUCAUGUCUCGAGUGGCUCUGCAGGCGGAGAAGAUGAACCAUCAUCCGGAGUGGUUCAAUGUUUAUAAUAAGGUCCAGGUCACAUUAACGACACACGAUUGCGGAGGCCUGUCGAAGAAAGACAUCCGUCUCGCCAAAUUCAUUGAUAAAGUCGCUCUGAAGAUGUAGUGUUGUAAAAUGGCGUCAUGUCGAUGGUUAAGUGUGUGUUUCAGGCUGAGUUCAGAUUCAGACGCGCUGGAUCGGUCUGGACCUGCUGUAAAGGCUUUAAAAGUUAUUUAGUUACUGUAAACAAAUCUUAAAUAAAGAGCAUGAAUAUCAA